CUUCGGGAGAGAAUGACUGGAAUUCUGUUUCCGCUUUAGGGAGUGGACACUGAUUUUCUAAGUGACUUCGAAAUUACUCCCAUUUCCACACCAAGUCAAAUCGCUUCGUGACACAAGUCGUGUAAAUAUUCGUCUCAGAUUUAAUUUCGCCGAUGGCUUCCUCGCCUCAGAAAUCGCCGUCUUCUCCCAAGUCUCCGACACCAAAAUCCCCGUCUUCCAGAAAGAAAGAUGACUCCUUCCUGGGAAAACUUGGUGGAACUUUGGCAAGGAGGAAAAAAGCUAAAGAAGUGUCUGAGCUUCAGGAAGAGGGAAUAAAUGCUAUCAAUCUUCCUCUCAGCCCCUCCCACUAUGAGCUGGACCCUGAGGACACCAUGCUAGAGGAGAAUGAAGUGCGCACCAUGGUGGACCCCAACUCCAAGAAUGACCGCAAACUGCAGGAGCUCAUGAAGGUGCUGAUCGACUGGAUAAAUGAUGUUCUGGUGGGAGAGAGGAUCAUUGUUAAGGACCUGGCUGAAGAUCUGUAUGAUGGACAGGUCCUACAGAAACUCUUCGAAAAGCUGGAGGGGGAGAAACUAAACGUGGCGGAGGUGACGCAGUCUGAGAUUGCCCAGAAACAGAAGCUCCAGACUGUUUUAGAACGCAUCAAUGAUUCACUCAAACUCUCCACCAGGAGCAUUCGCUGGAAUGUUGACUCGGUCCAUGCUAAGAGUAUAGUUGCCAUCCUUCACCUGCUGGUGGCGCUGUCACAACACUUCAGAGCACCGAUCAGGUUGCCAGACCACGUUUCUAUCCAAGUAGUGGUCGUCCAGAAAAGAGAGGGCAUCCUUCAGUCCAGACAAAUUCAAGAAGAGAUCACUGGCAACACAGAGGCUUUCUCUAAGACACAUGAGCGUGAUGCUUUUGAUACCCUUUUCGACCAUGCUCCAGAUAAGCUGAACGUUGUCAAAAAGACGCUGAUCACAUUCGUGAACAAACACCUGAACAAGCUCAACCUAGAGGUGUCUGAGUUGGACACGCAGUUUGCAGACGGUGUGUACCUGGUGUUGCUGAUGGGGCUUCUGGAGGGAUACUUUGUCCCACUUUACAACUUCUUCCUCACACCAGAGAAUUUUGACCAAAAGGUCCACAAUGUGUCCUUCUCUUUUGAGCUGAUGCAGGACGGAAAUCUGGAGAAACCAAAGCCCAGACCUGAGGAUAUAGUGAACUGUGAUCUGAAAUCAACACUCCGCGUCCUCUACAACCUCUUCACCAGGUACAGGAAUGUCGAGUGAACGCUGCGCUUUGCAAGGCUGAACACUUGAUAACAUGGACCAUAUGACAAAGCUUACAAAGUGUCUUUUUCUAUUUCUUAACAAAGAAGAAAAAAAGAAAACUUUUUCCAUAAAUGCAUGCAUCACAAGAAUUUAUUCCCUGUUGGAUUAUGUACCACACAUGUAUAAUGUUUUAAUAAAUACCUAGACAUUUUUAGCUUGUACCACAAAUUUAGAUUUAAGAUAGAAAAAGCAUUCUGCUUCCGCUUAUGAACUAAAGUUUUGGUAGAGUUACAAAAGUCAUUCUGCAAAUAUGUUUUGUCUAAUUGGUUGUUAUAAGAUUUAUGUAUCAGACAAAUUUUUUGACUGUAUUUAUUGUACAUCAUAAUACUUGUUAUUCUUGUUUCCUACACUAAAUAUUUCUUUUUUUAUCUGCUCCUGUUUCAUGUAAAUCAUAAGUGCCAUUAUUUAAACAUGCAUACUGUUGACUGCUCAGCUCCCAGCAAUUUAUAUUAAAAAAAAAGUGAUGGAUUGCACAUGCUUUUUAGUUCUCUUAACCCCCUCAAUUUGUGCUUCAAAUAUACCAAAGUUGUGUUAUCUGAACACACAAACAUGUGCAUAAAACAUGUAAAAGAUUUUACUCAGUGACCAAUCACAAAAGUGUAAAAAUACACUUUUGAAAAGAAAAUCUUUUCAUACACAUCACGUGUUUAAAUCGUUAUUCCAUAGAGGGGCAAUGAUCGCAAAGGUAUUAUUGUUAUAAUGUCUUCAAUAACUGUAAUACAUUAUUUAUAAUAUGCAUUAAUAUAGAUGCCACUCCUCUCUGUAUGACAAAUUAAAUUUGACUGAGUCUGUUGUGUGUUAUUUUGGGGGCACAAAUUGUAUUUUGUGUUCCAGUCUUCAAGCAGUCUUACUUCUUCAAGCGACCCAUGCAGUCAUUUUCUGUGGUUUGACUUGCCAACAUGUUCACUGUUGUGUAUCAGUAUUUUACUGCCGUUUCAACGUCUUAACAUUCAAUAAAACAUUCAGUCUUUGAA